AUGCGGUUCAUUUCCCGCCCAACACCCGCGGCUCCACUCUGCCUUGACGGCUACACGGUGUUCAUGCCAUCGCUCUCUAUCGGCAACGUGGGCCAGCUGACGGCAGACAUCCUCGUGGCAUCGCUCGACAUGCGGCUGGUCGGCUCGCUCGACACCGAUCUGGUCGUUCCUGUUGUGGGCGCAGACCCGUACCACGCACCGGCGGCAUCGGCUGCUGCCGCUGCUGCUGUUGCAGCGACAGCAUCAGCUUCUGCGACGCCGGACGCACCCACGCUGGACGAUGUGACAGGAAUGGCGUCAGCGCUGGACGUGUAUGUGGCCGAUGAAGCCCGGGUGGCAGUCAUCCAACAGCGGGCGCCGCUGAUCAAGGGCAAGCGCGCUAUCUUUGCUACUCGGCUUGUUGGCUGGCUCUCCAAGGCACAGGCAACGGCGCUGGUUUGGCUCCACUCGGCCGACGCGGCGCUGCGACUGGAGGCUGAGAUCGACGAUCCGAUCCAGCUCCGGUACCAGGCCUCCGAGCCUUUCGGCGUGGCGUCAGGCGCGGCUCUCGCGGCCCUGACCGACGCUGGUGUCUCCCAACUCACCCGUGAUCCCGAGGUUCUUCCGCUUGACGCUGUGCCGACCAUUGAUCCGGCAACCGUCCGCGACGAGGUCACGCCCUCGCGCUCGGGCCUGCAUGGGCUCUCUGCGCGGGUUUACGACGCCGCGGUCGCGACAGAGCUCCCGGUUCUUGUUGUCCAGGCCUUUGCCGCCGAGGGCGACAACAUCCGCGACGCCCUUAACAUGGCCUCGCUCCUGCACCAGGCGUUUAACUUCCCGCUCACGACCAGCCAGUGGACGGUCCCGCCGUCGUGGGCGCUGCUGUUUGGCGGUCACAUGACCGAUCCGACUCUGUUCAUGUAG